CAGUCCUCUAGUAUUCACCAGCUGAAAAAAGAACUUCUAAUAUCAAGAAAAUGGCAUUCAAGUUCAUCGUUCUUUGUGCUUUUUUGGCAACCGCCAGUGCAGGAGUAACUCAUACUUCAACCUCAGACAACACUUAUCGUAGUCACGGAAACUUAGCUACAGUCUCCACCCAAACUAAAAGCAUUGAAACACCAUACUCCAGCAGCAAUAGCAAGAACGAAAUCCGUGUUAAUUCAGGAACCUACGCAACAGCAUCACCUGCAAUCUCUUAUGCAUCUCCAGCUCCAUCAGUUGAAGUUGUUAAAUCUGUUCAACCAACCUACAAUUACCAAGCUUCUGCACCCUUGAGCUACACCCAAAGCAACUAUAAUCACGACUACGUUCUUCCAGCAACUCAUUCCAACCAAUAUUAUUCAGCUCCAGUCUUCACUAAAACCUACCCACACUACCAACCAGCCUAUCAAGUUGCUUCAUCAGCUCCAGUCUUCUCUCAAGCCUACCCUCACGCUUACUCUCAAGCUCCAGUCUACUCUGCACACAUGAUGCACUAUGCACCUUCACCUUAUGUUCAUCAUCAACCUGUUGUUAAGGUAGCUUACUCUCCAGCUGCUGAAGUUUCUCAUUUUACCUACAGCAAUGCUAAUGACCAUGUUAGCUACGCUUGGUAAACUGUACUUAUCGCAUUUAAAACCAUCCAAGUAUUAUCUUUUAAGAUACACUUUUUAUAAAAUUAUUUGAUGUAUUUAAUUUUUUUAUAUGAUAUU